UUUCUUCUCUCUCUGAUGUCUUUUCUCUUUAGUUCAUGAUUUGAUUGUGUAAUUGUGUAUAUAUAUGUUUCUCUCGAUAUUUAUGUUAUUUCAUUAGUCCAAAUGGGAAACAAUUGUCCUACAUGGAAAAUUUCCGAGGACGGAUUUUUCGACACGAUGACUCACAACAACAACAAAGCGAAAAACCGCGUAGCCCCUACCAAUUUUCUUAUCAAUCCUCCUCAAACAAUCGAGAUCAAAAGUCGAGACACGAAACAGUUACAGCCAGCCAUAAAGCCCAAAAACCCCACAACAAAUACUAAAAAACCAAUAAGCGCCGGCCUUCAAGCCGACUCCAUACUCGACACCAAAACCGGCUUCUUCAAAGAGCACUACACAUUAGGCGACGAGCUCGGCCGAGGCCAAUACGGAAAGACAUUCCUCUGCACGCAAAAGAAAACCGGGAAAAAAUUCGCGUGCAAAUCGAUCGCGAAAAGGAGACUUCUAACACAAGAGGACGUUCAAGGCGUGAGGAGAGAGAUACAGAUAAUGCGCCACCUGGCAGAAAAUCGAGACGUUAUAUCGAUUAUGGGUGCUUACGAGGAUUCUGUGGCAGUAUAUGUAGUUAUGGAGCUUUGUCGAGGGGGAGAGCUUUUCGAAAGGAUUUUGAAGCACGAUUUUUAUUCGGAGGAAAAAGCUGCCGAGCUUACUAGGAAGAUAGUUGGCGUAAUCGAGAAGUGCCAUUCGCUAGGUGUCAUGCAUCGGGAUUUGAAGCCCGAGAAUUUUUUGUUUGUUGAUGAUGACGAGGAUUCGGAUUUGAAGUUGAUAGAUUUUGGUUUGUCGGUUUUUUUUAAGCAAGGGAAAAAAUUCAGUGAAGUGGUGGGGAGCCCUCAUUACAUAGCACCUGAAGUGCUUUGUAACUAUUAUGGACCGGAGGCCGAUAUUUGGAGUGCCGGAGUUAUAGUGUAUAUACUUCUAUGCGGUGUUCUUCCAUUUUGGGGUGAUAGUGACCAAGAAAUAUUCGGAAAGGUUUUGAAUGGCGAUAUUGACUUCUUGUCUGAUCCUUGGCCGAAUAUCUCUGAAUGUGCAAAGGAUUUAGUGAAGAAAAUGCUAGUGAGGAAUCCGAAAAGGCGAAUAACCGCGCAACAAAUUCUCCGUCAUCCUUGGCUGCAGGUGAAUCAGAACAAAAUCGAUAAGGACAAUCAAUAGUCUUUGUAAAACCGAACAAUAAUCCGAGCAAGAUUAAUCGAGAUGCCGAUCAAGAUGGUAAUUGUAUAAGCAAAUACAGAUUGUAACUGAGUUUGUGGCCAUGAUAUACAGAUUUUGGUAUGAAUUACGAAUCAAAGUAAGUAGAGCAAUCAAAUUAGGAAGGCAGAGCCAGUUUUGUUAAUAUGAGAAUUUUGCUAUGCAUGUGUAUUAUAUGAGAAAGUUGUUUUAUUGUGACAUACAUUACUUGUUUAAUAAAUAUGUUGAUAGGCAAUAGUAUUGUUCUAAUAUUCAAUUUAUA